UACAGACACACACAAUGACACAAAGCCUUGGGUAGCACUGUCACCACUAGCCACAGCCUUAACCGGUUCCAGAGUUGGUACAGAAGCCGCCAUUGAUUUGAUACAAGCUAAGGUAGCUAGCUUAGCUGCAGCGAUGAUCAAGCUGAGGUACUCCAAGAGGCUGUUCAAGAGGAGCUGCUCGUCGUCGAAGGCGACAGCGUGUGUUGGUGGCAAUGCGGUGGCCGCCGGCGGCGGCGGCGCGGGGGAGAUAGAGUGGGAGGUGAGGCCGGGAGGGAUGCUGGUGCAGAAGAGGGAGGGGAGAGGCGGCGAGGAGGUGGUCCUGGUGAGGGUGUCCACCGGCUUCUCCUGGCAUGAUGUGUCCAUUGGGGCUACCUCCACCUUCGGUGAGCUGAAGGUGAGGCUGUCCAUGGUGACAGGGCUAGAGCCCAGGGAGCAGAGGCUGCUGUUCAGGGGCAAGGAGAGGGAGGAUGGUGAUCACCUCCACAUGGUUGGGGUAAGGGACAAGGACAAGGUCCUCCUUCUUGAGGACCCUGCCCUCAAGGACAUGAAGGUCCGGGCCGCUCUCGCAGCGGCCCAGGUCCUUCAAAGCCCAUGCCACCCUUUUAUCCAAGUUUAGGAUUGGUGGCCUCUUAUGUUAUGCCCUAAUUAUUAGAGUAUGAUUAAGUUGUACUAUUUAGUCGCAACACCUUGAUUUCUGGAAUGUUUUAUUAUAUCCGGAAUAGGAGGAGGGUGAUGUUCAUUCCUCCUCCCUUUAGUUUACUGUCAGUGCCACUCCAUGGAAGGGCAAAGGGUCCCUCAGCAUGAGAGUGUGUUGAGAUGUUUUAAUGAUGUAGUAGUUAGUUGCAAGUGUCAGCCAUGGUGGUUGUGAUGUGAUGUUAAGCUUUGGUGCUGGGCUCCUCCUAUGGUCCCUUGUACUGUACUGUGGUCUUUUUCCCAUUCCUACACAGGAAUGGGGCUAAAGAUGAUGUGUUUUGUGUUUUCUUGAAUGGAAACUGAAUGUGUGUUCCUUUCGUUGUCCCUGCCUUGUGUCGGAUUUUCAUGAUUUUGAUUGCAAUGUCUGUAUGGAGA